UAUACCAUCCAAUAUAUCCUCAACCAUGUCUCUAAGGCAAAGGCCCCAACCACCGCCACCACAACCCUCCGCCGUCGAUCCGCCGCCGGCACCACUGCGACUGCCGCCGGAAAGAACAGCUCUCUCUCAAGCCUUAGAGAGCACGGCCCACCUGGCGAACCUCCUCCCGACCGGCACGCUCCUGGCCUUCCAACUCCUCACUCCGAUCUUCACCAACAACGGGUCGUGCGACGCCGCGACACGGCCCCUGAGCUUCUCCCUCCUCCUCGUUCUCUCCCUCUCGUGCUUCCUUGCCUCCUUCACCGACAGCGUCAGGGUCUCCGACGGCCGCCUCUACUACGGCCUCGCCACGCCCAAAGGCCUGUGGCUAUUCGACUAUAACGAAGACGCAUCGUUGGCACCCGAUGACCUCGGGAAGUACAGGCUGAAGUUUGUCGACGUGGUGCAUGCGGUCCUGUCGGUGCUGGUGUUCGGUGCUGUGGCGUUGCGGGACAAGAAUGUGGUGAGUUGCUUUUACCCGGCGCCGGGGGACGAGGCCCGGGAGGUGCUCGAUGCUGUCCCUGUUGGGAUCGGAGUCGUCUGCAGCCUGCUGUUCGUAGUUUUUCCCAGCACAAGGCAUGGAAUUGGGUACCCUUUGAGUAAAUAGAUGGCUUGCUUUGAUCUUGUUCAUUUGCACAUACAUAAAUUGUAGCAAUGUUUUGUUGUUAGUAAAUACUAUGUCUUAUUCUAUUUAGUACAAAAUAUAUGUUAAUAUAUACUCCCUCUGUCCCACGUACCAUGUCUACGUUGCUGUUUCUGUCCGUCCCACGUACCAUG